UGAAGAAAAGCAAAACAAACUCCAUGUUGUUCUUGGAAUGAGGGUCUGAUAGAUUUGCAUUAUUUACAGAUUUUUGACAUUAUCGUGUACAUAUUUUCAUCUGACAUCUGCACAGUUGCAUAGUACGCAUACUUAAGAUUGCUAAUAUCUAAUUAUUUCACAUUCGGGGAGACCAACGGGAUUAUAAGACGAUGUCUAGCGCAAUGGAACUUCCUGACGAAUUCCAAAAUGGAUUCCUCGCUGCUGACGAAAACAACAUGAACAUUAGCGUGGAGACCGAGGAAGAUGAGCUGAUUGCGAAGUUAGACGAUGGGAAUAAAGAGAUGAGAGUUAUCAAGCGUGCGAAGAGGCCGUCCAAGUACCCUUACGUUCCCAAAGAAGGGUCCGAUGAAGGGGGACGGAGUCCCACGGCGCCCGCAAACGGGGAUCAUAAACCGCUUCCAUACACCAAAAAUAGUCGCAAGUCUCGGACGGGGAGAAGGGGGUUACCCAAGAAGGGCGGUGGUGGCGGCAAGGGAACAUGGGGCAAGCCUGGAUCAGAACUCGAGGAGUCAGGAUUACCGACAGAUGAGCAUGAUCCCAACUAUGAUUCGGAUACUCAGGAAACUUACGCUUUAAAAAUGACGGAACCUAAAUUAACCUUUGAGGAAUUCAAGAAGCCUGUGGAGGAAGAGGUGCUGGAAUACUUUGAAAAUAGUGAUCCUGAAGAAGUGAUACGUUCGAUUCAGGAGCUGAAUAUUCAGGGUGAAGAGAAGCACAAGUUGGUGUACCUGAUUGUCGAGAUGGGUCUGGAACACAAACCGCAUCAUCGGGAGCUGUGCUCUAUGCUCAUCUCAGAUCUCUACGGCAGUAUUCUAACUCCCGAGGAACUGAUGCAAGGCUUUGACGACGUGUUAAAUGAUCUCGCCGACAUAACCAUUGAUUGUCCUGAGGCACCAGCGAUGGUUGGGAAGUUCCUUGCGAGAGCUGUGGCAGAUGAUUGUAUUCCGCCAAAGUUUGUGGUGAAUCACGCUGGUCGGAUUUCUUGUGUUCAAGCAAGAUUAGCUCUGGAGAAGGCAGACACAUUGAUGAAAAUGAAACAUGGUAUGGUCCGGCUGGACAACGUAUGGGGCAUUGGAGGUGGCAGCAGACCUGUCAAGUCCCUCAUCAAAAAGAUGGUGCUUUUGCUGAAGGAAUACCUCUCGGCUCGUGACAUCAAAACCGCGACCAGUUGUCUAAUUGAUUUGGAGGUGCCUCACUUCCACCACGAGUUAGUCUAUGAGGCCAUACUGAUGGUAAUAGAAGAUACUACAGAACCUGCUGCCGAACUCAUGGUCAAGUUUUUGAAAUCUCUCUGUGAUUCUGUCGUCGUAACUAAAACCCAGAUGGACCAGGGUAUCAAACGUAUUUAUGAUAAUAUGCCCGAUAUUUGCCUUGACGUUCCCGCUGCGUAUUGUUUGCUGGAGCGGUUUGCCACCAUGGCUUUCAAAGUCAAUCUCUUCAGCGAGAAAAAUAUGGAAGACAUGCCAAAUCGGGGCCGCAAGCGUUUCGUUUCGGAGGGUGAUGGAGGAAAAGAGAAGCCGGUAUCGUGUUUAAAAUAAGCAGCUAGAAAGCCAACAAACACACAGCUAUAAUCUUUACUUCAGAAGCAUUCAAUGAUUUGUGAGAAAUGUUGUGAAAAAAACCAUACAGAUGUACAUAUUAUGAGAAGCGUUCGACACCAUUGGAAGACGAGGGGAGUGUUUUUUGAAAAGGCAUGUAAAAUGGAAAUGGUAUAUUACGAUAAAGUACUGUCUUGGUCAUGGGUAAAUCGCUAUCUAUUUUGGUAACGAACUUGAAGUGUGGUUUGUGUAGUUUUCCUUCAACCUCCUAUCAUGGGAUUUUUAGUAGCUUAGCACUUUUUACCUUUGUAGAAAACACGAAAAAGUAGGUAGCGGUGUACAUGUCUAAAGUAGGUCACGGUAUACAUGUACUUAAAAGAUCAGAAUGUCUUAAGUGUUUCAUCCCAGAAGGCUUAGGAGAAAUCGUGUGGCCAUUUACUUGUGAUUAGGACUGUACACCAAUACCAAACGAAAUGCCAUUGGCUAGUAUCAACCCAAUGAUUACACACAUCUAUGAUUGAACAAUUUCCAUUUGCAUCUUUUUUUGAAACCAACCCCUGUCCUUCAGUAGUGAAGCGUAUCAGCAGCUUUCAAUUUUUGAAAUCAGGUGUAUGUCGUGUAGCUUUUGACUUGGUUUCGGUUUAUGGUAUGCAACUAUGUGAGAUGUAUUGGUGACUUGACCAUCGGCGGAGUUCUGCUUGUCAAGAUAUUUGUUAAGCUGUGUUAUGUUAAGCUGUGCUUCUGGUGAUAACGGUCUACAGACUUCAUUCAAUAAGUGUAUGUGCCAGUUUGGUGGGGGAUUGAUAUUUGAUGAAGGAUUGAUAAAUAAUCAAACUUAAGCCAAUGACAUUGGAAAUGGAAAGGAACUGGUUUUCUUUCAAGAAGAUUUGUGUUAUAUUUUACCCGUGGCUGAUAUUAUGCAGUCUAAAGUGAUAAAAUUGUUUGAGAAAACCCUAUUCAAGCAUUCAGACACAAUUCUACUGCCUGAACCACGCUGUCUAUCAUCAUCAUCUAUUUGUCUUAUCAAUAAAACCUCUGUGAAAUUGAAAUUUGACCCGAAAGUACCCCCUACUAAUUUUCACUUGUGAAUUUUUUUUUCAAAUUGGGCAUUUAAUUAAAAAAAUAUUUUUGCAGAUUUUGUAAAGAAAAACGUAUUUGCUCAUAAAGUGAAUUUCAAAGAACCUGAGGACUGUGUGUGGCUGUGUUCACCAUUUCAGAUUUUGAUUCCUAUGAUAGUGACAUGCUGUAUUGUCUUGAUUUACUAACACUACCAGUAUAUGUUCUGUGCUAAGUUCUGAAUGUAUUCGCCCUCAACAUGCCUUGUAUUCUAUUCUUAAAAUGUGCUGAUGAUAUUUUUACACCGUUACAAGUUUUCUAAACCACUUAGAUACCGCCCCUCCCCCCCUUCAAUAGCUGUGCACUCCUUUCUUCAUAUUCACCCCUUAUCAUUGCUCUACAGGGUGGCCCAGAAUGACUUUCCCUCACACAAUGGAUACACAAUAAAAUUCUACUGUCCAAAGGAAAAUAACUCUGGGCCACCCUGUAUACUAGGAGAGGCAGCAUUGCUUUACAAUAAACCAUGGUUGGGGGAAGAUUCCAGAGUACAUGUAAGUUAGACCAUUGCUAUCACAAAUACAAAACACAUAUCAACUUGGAAAAAAUCUUAGCACAUGAAGCUUCUGAAAAGCGUUGCUAUUUCCAAGAUUUCUGAAAGAACUGCUUCACACCAUAGUAUUUUAAAGUAGGCUGCAGUCCUAUAGUUUGAGCGUAUGAUUCUCUGUUGAUAGUAUUGUGUAUAUGUCUCGCGAUUGCACAAAUAACACAACUUGUAUCACUUCUAAUAUGCAAUUUUAAAUUCGGUUCGUUAAAAAACUCUGUUGCCUUAAAGUGGACUUAGAUAAGGCCCAGUGCUGAUGAAAAAUAUGGGGUUUGUUUUCUGAUGUCACUCAGCAGGGGCAGUUUUCUUCUCACUGGCAUGAGUUUGUAUAUUUCUGUCUUUUUGUAAUCGGUACAAUUGUAUUUUGAUCUUUUCUUUAGUAUAGCUGUCCCGUCUUGAAAGUGCAAGUUUUUGUGAACGAAAGUAUUAUUUCUGGGAUGCGUUCCUAAACCAUAACCUCAUUCUUUCAUUGUCAAUAAUGUCGUAUUUCCACAGGUUAUAAAAUAAGAAGCUGAAUUUGCCUUCUAACGUCCGGAUCCUUUAUUCUAACACUGCUUCACAAAAUUAUACACACCAAAGUCAUAAUUGAUAAAAUAGUUCGUCGGGAUGACGAUUCGUGCACGUGAUUAGAAAUACUCGGGAGACUGGAAUAACUCUCUCACGCUCUCUCUCUAUCUCUCUCUGCCGAGAGCGUGCGGACAGCUGUUUUGUAUUCACGCGCAGCUUUGUCUGCACCAAUCAGGGGGCAACGUUGAUGCGUCUCCAUCCAAUGAGGAGCCGCAUCAAUGCUGACGUAAUUGAUCACGUAAUUGAUCACGCUGGGGAGAAUGGAGGAUUAAAAGUAGACCGUGGGAAUUUUCCACGAUUAUCCACCGGUAUCUUAUCUAAACCCAAUUCCAAUAAUCCUGCACACUUAAUUCCAAGAAUUACACAUUACAGUGCUACUCAUAAGAAAGGUUUUACAAUUACUAUACAACAAUAAGUUGUGAUUAAAUUGUGUUUGCUAAGUAUUCGAUUAGCAUGCUAAAACAUUAAACUCAAUAGCGCUAUAAAAUGUUUGGGGGUUUUCUCCAAAUUCUUUUCAUGAGCUGACUUUCCAAUAGUAGUUUAUAUAAAUAAGGCAUUUUGGCAAAGUAAUACGAAAUUUAAAUGAGAAAAUGUGCUUCUUGAUCCAAGUACUGAUGUACUGUAAUCUUUUUGAUUAUAUCAUUUACCGUUGCAACUCAAAGGUUAAAUUUUUUCCGCUACCCUGUUUACAUAGGUAUUCUGUGAUCAUAUCAUUCAACAUCAAGAUCAUGUUUAUGUGAGGACUGUGAUUACGAGAAUGGAAUCAAUUUUAGAGAAAUUUGCAAGGAUGUCGGGCCACUUUUUGUCUCUCCACUGCCUGUCUUCUGUACAUAGAUCCUUUAUAACUUUUUCGGCCUGGGCCCAGCAAUUUUGUUUAUUUUGAGGGAAGAAACAUGUACAUUGUGUACAUGAAAAGAUGUACAUUGUGUACACGGAAACCUGUACAUUGUGUACAUGGCGACUGCAUCAAUGUAUUAUUCACCUACCCUCAACUUGACAGAUAUUGUGUUCAUAAUGUUACUAAAUGUCAGGUUGCGUGAACUUAACCAUUUAUGUUGGUAAACCUACGUAAUGAUAGGUACAAUAUCGGUAUGCUGCAGGAAGCAUUUUCAACCAAAAAUAACGACGCCAAUUUUUCUUUGCCUCUAAGACCAUUUUGUUCACUGCAGUCUUCUUCACCGGCCGGCUGUCUGCCGGAAAGUGGCUUUCUUUUCUCAUUUAGCUUUGUUUCCGAGGUUUGAACAUUGACUAAACAUGCUAAAAAAGAAAACUUCGAUUCUAUUCAUGAAAUAUUCUGCAGAAAAUGAACGAAUUUCCAUUAAAGCAUGUGCCAUAUUUUUACAGUACUUUUUUAGCAGCUUGUUCCAUUUUGGUGAGUAAGGUUCCAAAAAUGGUUCUUCCUCUUUAAAAACCAACAGUACGAUGUACAUGUAUAUUAGUGUGCCUUUGAAAAUGGCUGGAGUUAUAUUUUUUUCAAAUUUUUCAUUGAGAUUCACAAUUCUGUCUUUUAUAAAGUCAAAUGAAUUGAUGAUAUUUUUAGUUUGGCCAGUUUUUUCGCAUAAAACCAACAUAUUUAUCAGUGCUUUCUCUUAAUAGUUUUCCUUUGCGAUUGUAAAAUUCUGUUUUGUUCGAGCUCUAACCUGCAAGACAAAUCAUGUAUUUUCUAUACACAUAAUUUUCGGAAGAUACUUUCUAUUCGGUUGCGGUCAUGUAAAUAUUUGCACACAACCCCCCAAAACAUAUACAUAACAGAAUACCUCGAGUCAAAUAUAUGUGUUUUGUACUGGGUGCUAGGCAGCCCUACUAUAAUGAAAAUGCUCCCUGGCAACUGUCCUGUCCAAGUAUUAUGCUGGACGGGCCACUUCUAAGUUACGGUUUGAUGGUGAAAGUGAAGAAGUGUAAAGUGUACAUGUAGUUUCAUUGUGUUGGAAAACCAUUUUUCACCUGAUGAUGAAAUCUUUUAAUCAAUUUGUGUAGAGUUUCUGGUGAAUUCCUUUCUUCUAUCAUUGUUAAUCUUUCUUUGAGGUAAAAUAUGACGACUUAGAAUUUAGUGAAUUAGUGUGUGAUAUAAAUUUCAUUGGAUAGAACUGUAUGCAGUUCAGAUUGUGCUAUGAUUUACCACAGUGGGGUUUGAAUGUCCACCUCUUUAGCUUGUUAGGCCUGGUUAAGCCUAAAUUUGUACUUCAGUUGACAGUACAAUCCAUGGUAAAGGGAUAUUAUGUUAUCAUGUUUCUUUAAAAGUUACCUGUACAGAUUGUGGAGCAAUAAAAGAUUCUUUCAUUUA